AUGUCCGCCUCCGACGGCGGUCAGCAGCAACAGGGCCAUCUGAACGGACACAGUGGCUUCAUCCUCGCGGUUUUUUGUGUCGUUUCCGCCUUCGUCAUCUGGCCGGUCCGUCUUCCCGUGCCGCAGCCUGUCGGGAGGUUCUGCCUGCGCUUGUUGAGAGACGCGCGAGUCAUUCCUGGUCCGACCCGCGCCCGCGAUGCAUUGUCUGAACGGCGACUGUACUUCUCGCUCUCGCUCAAGACCGCCCCUGUGAUUGGCGUCGUAUUACUGCUGGCCACCACCACGAUCCACGGCAGCACGAUUAGGCUCGGCAUAAAGGGCGACGACACGAUCAGACCAUACGACGUCCUUGUCUUGUUCAUUGCUCUGGCCUACAUCUCGAUUGCGCUUGAUGGAACCGGCGCCCUCGAAGCCGUCGCCCUGUGGGUGUCGAAACGAGGGGGAAGCUCGGGUCGACGGCUAUUCACCUACCUCUAUUCCUUUUUCCUGCUCACCGCCUGUAUUGUGGGAAACGACCCCUUGAUCCUCUCAGGAACUCCGUUUCUCGGCUACUUCGCCCACCACACCAAGCUGGCGCCCGAGCCAUGGAUCUUCAGCGAGUUCAUGGCUGCCAACACCGCGUCCGCCGUCUUGGUCUCUUCGAAUCCCACCAACAUCCUCAUUGCGGGGAGUUUCUCAUUGAAUUUCCUGACUGGCUUUACCAAAUGGACCAUCUUGCCCUCCAUUGUCCCCGCCAUUCUCACCUAUCCCAUCUUGAUGCUCAUGUUCUGGAAGAAGAUCCCCAAAACCCUGACUCCGCUGACGGACAACCCCUGGCGAAAGCUGCGUGACCGCCCCGGCGCCAUCGCCCUCAGUCUCUUGAUGUUGAUCACGGUUGCGGUUCUGGUUGGGACGAGCUUCGUCCCUAACCAAGCAGUUCAAGUAUGGAUGGUGACAGCCCCGGCAGGUGUGCUCGCUUUUCUGUUCAACCUCGGUCGAGACUUGGGGGACAUGAACGCUCAAAAAAGUGCCUCGAACGCACAAACGGCGGAUCCGGCGGCAGAGAAUCGAGUGGUGGACAGUGACAGUGGCGGGGUAGAACUCCGUCAGAAGAACGUGCCUCAUGGAUCAUUAAACGCCGAAUCCGUGGACGCCGGCUUCUCGCCGCCACUAGGACCGAAAGAAAAGCAUGCGGAGCGGGAACCCACGACUCUUGUUUCGGUGGUGAAGCGGUUGGCCCGUCGGUUCCCAGGGACCACGCGAACGAUCGUCCGGCUGCCCAUCCCACUCCUUCCGUUUGCGAUGUGCGAGUUCAUUCUGGUGCGUGGUCUGCAGCAACGAGGCUGGAUCGAGGUCUUUGCGCGAGGGUUCGCACAUGCAUGUACGACUCCCGCGAACGCUGUCUUCUUUAUGGGUUUCGUCAGUGCAGCAUUCCUCUGUCCUCUUGCCGGCACCAACAUCGGCGCGACCAUCAUUCUGGUGGAGAUCAUGCGACACCCGGCCUUCUCUCAGUCGGCUGCGGUGGUUGCGGACCGUCGCGUCCUCCUGGCUGCCAUCUACACGGUUGCGAUGGGAAGUAACAUUGGAGCGUUCAGCUAUACGUUCGCAGGGAGUCUGGCGGGUUUGUUGUGGCGGGGUCUCCUGGCUGACAAGGACAUCAAAGUCAGUCAGCUCAAGUUCGCCCUCAUCAAUGCCGUACCUUUGCUGAUGCAGAUCACCGUUUCAUCUGCCAUCGUCCUCGGGGAAGUGUACUGGUUUGCUUGA